AUGAAUAAAGCAAUUUUAGCUGGUGUAGGAUUACUAGCAGCUGAUUUUAUAACUUCUCAUAUUAGAAGAAAAAUUGUAAACAAAUACUAAGAUAGAAAUGAAGAUUUAUAGAGGGUAGAAUUUGAACCUUUGAGCAAUUUAUAAGAAAAGUUUGAAAAAAUAAAAUUUGAUUUCUAUAAUAUUGAUGGUGUUAAAUGGUGUGGAUAUUUGCUCGGAUUUUGCUAUGAUAACUAUUGGAUUGAUGGAGCUGGAUAUAGAAUAUCAGAAAAUAAAUUCAAAUAAAUAAUUUAAACUACCCAUGAACUCCACAAUAUGUGCCUAUAAGCAACUGAUGAAGCUAUUAAAGAUGAUGAGAUUUUACAAAACGUAUUCGAUAUUCCUCAAGAUAUGAUUCCAAUUAUAAGAAAGUCAUGGUAAGAUAGAUAACUAGAUCUAUUAGCUCGCUACGAUUUUCUUUUAGGCAAAGAAGGAGAAUUAUACUUUUUAGAAGUUAAUGGAGAUACUCCAUCCAGUAUUAUUGAAGCAGGUCCUGCAUAAAAAAUAUGGGCAGAAGAGUUUAAGCUACUCUAAUUUAAUAAUAUAGAAAAUUAAAUAAAAUUAGGUUUUCAAAAUAUUUUAUAAUAAAACAAGAAAACAAAGCUUUUAAUGUUCUAAAAUUAAGAUCUUGAGGAUAAAUGUACAUUUAGUUAUUUGAAUUCAAUAUUGGAGCCAUUCUUACAGGCUAAAAUUGAGUGUCAAAAUAUCGAAUCAAUAGAUGAAUGCUUAGAAAAUGAAUUAAAAUAAGAUAGCUUUAAAAAAAGUAUUAUCUGGAGAUAAUAUCCUUUUGAGUGGCUUGCAUCUGAAACAACCAGAAGUUACUUUACUGAUCCUAAGUUUUACAAUAUUAAUUCUCAGACUAUGAUUGAACCUCCUUGGAAAAUAGUUAUGUCCAAUAAAGCUAUAAGUGCUUUACUGUAUUAAAUGUUUCCCUCCAAUCCUCACUUAAUUAAGUCUAGCCUAGAGCCUUUGGGUGAGAAUGAACUUUAGCUAUCUAAAUAGAAAUAUGCAAGAGAAGGAGAAUAUAUCAAUUACUCUGAUAAUUAUGAAUAUUUCAAAUAUUUUUUAAUUGAUUCAUAUAUCAAGUAUGUGCAUAAGCCAAUAUUUUAAAAGUUUAUUUAAAGCGAUCUGCAUAAAAACAGAUAUAUUACAAUAAGUUGCUGGGUAGUUUAAGGAAAACCUUGUAGCGUCAUGCUAAGAGAAGAUCUUAAUCCUAUCAUAGGAACAGGUAGCUCAGUAGUACCAUACUUUAUUCAAAGAAAAAAUACUGAAGAGGAGCCUAUUGAGGUCGAGUUAAAAACAAAUAAAUAAUAAUCUGAAAUUAGAAAAUCUCUUUAUGGAUUAGAAAGAUUUGAUUCUAAUAAUGAAAAUAUAAAAUUAAUUGAGAAGGUUACUUUUGAAAAUAAUUAAUUUGGCAAUUUUAAACAAUAAAUCAUUUAACAAAAUAACUGGUCCGAAGGGCAGAAAUAAAAAAUUAUGAAUUACAGUGAAUUAGAGCUAACUGAGGAAUAAAUAGAGGUAAAAGACAAUCCUUUAUUAAUAGGUUUUUCUUAAUAAUUUUAAUCAUUCCAACCCGGUUCUACAAAUAAUUCAAUCAAUGAUCAAUAAAAUAACACCUCAUCAACUACAGGAAGUGGAACCGGUUACUAUGGAGGAGGUUCUAGUUCAUAAUAAAGCAAUAAAAGUAGUGGAAAUACAUAAAGUUAAGCAUAGAAAUUUAGUAAGCCUUCACCUAAAGCUGGUUCUACAGGAAAGGCUUUUAGUACUCAUUCUUGA